CUCUUUAUAUUCUUUAAAUAAACCUUUCAUAAAAGUGAAAAAGGCGCGAAAGACGCUCACAUGGCCAGUGAUAUUAAUAUUGUAUUUAGAUAGACAUUUCGUACAUAUCUGUAAAUUAAAUAGUACGAAUUAAUAUUAAAAAUAUUGAAAGCAAAAGUUUUUGAUAUUUGUACAGAAUAGCAAAAACCGUGAAAAACCGAUAGAAGGUUAGAAGUAUAUUGAUAUAUACAAUUUAUAUAUAAAUAUAAACGGAUAAUAUCGCGAACAAGUUUAACGGAAAAUAACAAUAGAGAAAUAAUUAAAAGUUAAUUAUUAGGAUAAUUAUUAAUAAUGAUGGAUACCACUAAUGCAUCUAAUAAAGACUUACCUUUACGAUAUGAAGAUGAAGAUUCACAAGAAUUUAAGAGACAAGAAGCACAAUAUGAAGAUUUGACUGAUACUUUUGAUGAUAAAUUAAUUGAUUUCUCAAAGCAGUUCUGUAGCAUCUAUGCAGCACGACUGGCAGAAUUGAGAGAGACAUUGGAAUCACGAGUGGUUGCAAAAUGGGGAAAAGUUCAAAUAUUAAAAUUAGCAGAAUUGGAAGACUUUGAAGGACAAGAAUAUGUGAUAAUUGGUACGCUUUAUAAACAUCAAAAAUGGAAGCCGUCGAUAUUACAUGAAUUAAGCGAUGAUCAUCAACUUACAUUACCUGAACCGAGAUCAAAUUAUUGUUCAGAAAAGGAUCAACUUUUCCUAGAAGAUGAGAUGUUACGUAUCAAACUGGUGGUCGAUGAUGCAGAUUUGAAGAAUUACGUUACAGGUGUUGUAUGUGCACUUUUAGGCCAUAAGGAUAGAGACGGUAGCUUUGAGAUUAAAGAAUGGUGUUUUCCUGGUUGUGUGCCUAAAAGUUUACCGAUACAGUCAAAAUCUAAAGGAAAGUUAGUAUUCCUAUCUGGUCUCGAUUUGGCAAACAGUUCAAAAAACUUAUCAUUAAGUCUUUUAACAGAAUGGAUAUGUGGAAUGGCGGGAGAUAUAGCGGCGCAAGAAGAUGCUACUAACAUUACUCGAGUUAUUAUCGCAGGUAAUUCCGUUAAAAUCGUCACCAAAACAAAUAUGUUGAUGGGACAUGCCGAAGGAAAAGCGCAGGAUGCUGCUAUAACGAAGGAAAUCGCCGGAGCAACAACACUCGUAGAUAAAUUUCUCGCCGAAAUAGCAAAAUGUUGUUGUAUCACCCUAAUGCCAGGUCAGCACGAUCCCACCAACGCAAUGCUGCCACAGACACCGCUGCACCCGUGUAUACUACCACUAACGUCUAGAUAUCGAAGUUUCAAAAGUGCGACUAAUCCGUGGAUCGGUAAAAUCGCUGAUCGUAUAAUAAUUGGUAGUAGUGGUCAACCUAUUGAGGAUAUUAUAAAAGCAACCGGUGAGACGAAUCUUUCUUCUUUAGACUGGUUGGAAAAAACACUAGUCUGGAAGCAUAUGUGCCCGACUGCUCCCGAUACUUUACCGAUAUACCCUUAUUCGAUGAAAGAUCCAUUUAUCAUAAACUACUGCCCGGAUAUAUAUUUUGUGGGUAACACAGAUACAGUCGAAACAAAACUGUGGAAAGGUGAAGAAAAUCAGGUGGUUAGAUUAAUUUGUAUUCCAAAGUUUUCCUCUACACAUACUGCAGUUAUAGUGGAUAUAGAAACUUUGGAAAUCGAAUUCAUUUGUUUCGGAACUGGAUGAAUAUCUAAUUGAAUUUACGAUUUAUCUGAAUAUAGUUUGAUAAAAAUAAUUAAUCUGAUAUGACAUUUUUUAUCGUGUCACUGUCCUUAAUAUAUAUUUUUCUACCAUUACUGUAUCAUUCUUUUGCAUAAUAUAUUUGUA